CGGGUCGCAAUGGCAACCGUCCGAACAGAACGGCAGCAGCAACUUUUGUCGUGUUUGUAAUGUCACGGAGACACUCUAACCCGCUGAAGAAACUACUUUCUAAUGUGAGAAACACACGCUGCACAAUUUCUCCAGUCCGAAAAUGUCCCAGGGAUGUACAGUUUCUGUGGAAGAGAUCCAGUCGUGGUGGGAAGUCCCCGCCAUAGCCCACUUCUGCUCGCUGUUCAGGACGGCGUUCAACCUUCCAGACUUUGAAAUAGAGGAGCUGGAGAAAGCCCUGUCAUUGCAGGACUUGGACUUCCUCGGGGACCUCAUUGCCUGUCUGUUGCAGGGAUGCUACCAGCGCAAUGACAUCACCCCAGAGGCAUUCAGUAGUUACCUGGACGACAUCAUCAGCUACCGGUGGGAACUAGAAGAAGGGAAGCCCAACCCACUUCGAGAGGGCCCCUUUGAGAAUCUCCCCCUUCGCACUCAGGUGGAACUGCUGCACAGGCUGUGUGACUACCGUCUGGACGCUGCUGAUGUCUUUGAUCUACUGAAGGGACUAGAUGCAGAUAGCCUAAGGGUGGAACCACUGGGGCAGGAUGGAAAUGGAGCCCUCUACUGGUACUUUUACGGCACUCGUAUGUACAAAGAAGAGCCAGUCAAAAGAAAAGCAGAGAAGAUCAGCAGUGAACCCACUGAACUAACAUUACCUGAGAAAAGGAAAAGGGGGAGACCACCAAAGAAGAAAAGACUUGAAGACCCUCAGCUAAGUGAGGUGGAGAGUGGAGUAAAAGAAGUGAAGACAGAAAAUGGGCUGGAAGAUCUUCCCCAAAGGCCAGGCCAUAAGCGAGGCACUUGGUCCCUUGUGUGUGAUACAGAGGAACAAUGGGUCAGUCUGGCGGAGAGCAUCAAGGACAAAACCUCCCCACAGGACCGCCACCUCUACCGUGUCAUCAGCCAGAACUUCCUGCCUGAGAUCAGCAGCAUGAUUGAGCACAAGGAGCGGGAGCAGAAACAGAAGCUACUGGACCCAACCCCAGUUCGCAUAUCACAGCGGUUCUCUGAAAAACACAGCAACCAAGAGGAGGAGGACAAUCUGAAGGCUGUUUUAGAGGAGGAUAAGAAGAAAGAUGAAGAGCUGGACCGACAGGUCCUGCUGGCUGAGCAGCGACGAGAAGAGGAAAGACUUUUGCAGGAAGAACAACACAGAGAAAAGAUGGAGAAGAUCAAAGCUGUUGAGGAGCGGGCCAAGAGGCGGAAGAUGCGAGAGGAAAAGGCCUGGUUGCUGUCUCAAGGGAAAGACCUGCCACCCGAACUCCUGAAUCUGGAGCCUACCUCUCCUGUCCAUAGAACACGCAGGAAUAAAGAAUUCUAUGAAAUUGAUGACGACUACACUGCUCUGUACAAAGUGCUUGAGGCCUUAAAAUCCCAUAAAGAUGCUUGGCCUUUCUUGGAGCCUGUUGAUGACUCUUAUGCCCCCAAUUACCACGAGAUCAUCAAGACUCCCAUGGACCUGUCCACCAUUGAAAGGAAGCUCAAUGAUGGGGACUACAUUGCAAAGGAGGAAUUUGUUGCCGAUGUGAAGCUCAUGUUUGAAAACUGCGUUGAAUACAAUGGAGAAGACAGUGAGUACACUAUCAUGGCAGAGACUCUAGAGCGGUGUUUUAGCCGGGCCUUACUAAAACAUUUUCCAUCGGAGGAUGGCGACACAGAUGAGGAAUUCCACAUCAGCAGUGAAGACAAGGAGCGCAAGGACAAAAAGCGCAAUCGUAGCAGUAGAAAUAUGGGACCUGAAAGUCUGAUCAAGGCCACUGAGCAAGUGCAACGAAAGCGAACCUUUCAGGGGGGUAAGGGCAGUGCACCCUCAGAGGAUGAGGACAGCAAACCAAAAAGACCUCCUCCUCUCCCACACUGGGCUAAUGGCCCGCCUCACCACCAUGGGCUGCCUCUAAGCCAGCAGCACAUCCGUGAAGGGGACAUAAGGGGCAUGUACCACCGAAGGCAACAGCUCCCUCGUCCACCUGGUCCUGCUGGUCCUCACGGUCCACACAUGUAUAGCCAAAGAAUGGCCAUAGAUCCCCGCUUCUCUUACCCAGCUCACAUUCCCAGGCAUGGAGACCCCAGUUUGAGCCGUUUGCCCCAGAGCUAUAACAUGCAGCAUCGCAUGGUUGAAGGUCAUCACAUGGGUCCUCGGUAUCCAAUGGGCCCAGAUCCUAACCAGCAGCAGCCUCCACACCAGCAGCAGCACCCCUACAUGGGUCCAACUCAUGGCCCAUCUCUGGGUCCACGUCCCAUGGCCCUCCAGCCUGGACCUCCUCCUGAAGCCAGCAUGUACCCAUCGCAGCACCGUCCAGAGGGACACAACAUGCACCCCAUGGGUAACAGAUUCUCAGGGACAGAAGGGCCACCUCAGCAUAACUACCCAGGUUUGAGACCCCCUGGUAUGAGCCUAUCCAAUAUGUGGACUGGUAUGAAUCACCAGGAGAGACCCAAUGGAAUGCGCAUGCAAGAUCCCAACUUUGUGGACCAGCGCAGCUUUAGUUAUGGUGGAGUUCCCCCUCCAGUGGGGCAAAAACCAUGGCCAGAAGCUGCUGGAGUUCCCCACCCACCUCCUAAUGCCCAGUAUCAAAUGUCUGCAGCGGUCAGCUCCCCAGGGCCCAUGUCCUCACGUCCCACUGUUGCCCACCCAGACUCAUCUGGUAGGACACGCUUGGCUUCCAUGCUGGAAAGCCCAGAGAUGCUGGCCCUGCAGCAGCUGUCAGCCUCUUCUGGACCCCCUGCUGGUGCUCCUCAUCAGCGCAUGGGCAACUUUCAGCAGCCUGGGCCCCCAUCAGGAAUUGGCAGCAUCCCAACUCAAUCCUCUCAGCAGCCUCCCCCUGCCCCUGAGGUUCAGCUGCUGCGUCCUGCUGGAGACAAUGGGCCAGACAGCCAGCCUUCCCAACAGACAGACAUGCAGCCCAAAGACUCAGUAUCAGAGAAGAAAAUGGCUGCCAACAACAUUUCUGAUGAAGUUUCAUCACAUAAAAACACUGUUUCAAAUGACCAAGAGCACCCUAGCCGCACAGGGCACCAGACUGGGCCAGCAGGGGGGAUGAAGAGCCCUCCGGCCCCUAAUUUGGGCAGGUCACAAGAGAGUCCAUCAGGGUCAAAGCUUCCACAGACUUCAACAGAGAGCCACAAGCACAAGGGAGAUGGCCAGAGACAAUCUGCCAGCCACUGUCCCCUGCAACACAUUGGUGCCAAUGCUGUUUCACCCCAUCUCAACACAAAUAACAACAGCUCCACUGAUCCCCCUCUACCCGGCCGCCCUCAGCAUACAUUGAGCAGUUCACAGCAAAAAGCUCCAAGCCCUGCAGUUCUUCACCCGAACGUACAACCAUUGCAUGCUGCAGCAUCUCAGAAUUCCGCUCAGCAAAUGGCAGAGAACAACUCUGUAUACAUGCAGAAUCACCAUGAACAAAGUGAACACCAGCAGAGCAUCCCAAAACAGCAGCGACCUCAGAGUACCCCUCCUCAGUCCCACCCUCAGAGUUCUCCCCAGCAGAUGAACCAGAAUACACAGCAACACAAUUCUCUGCUACCCCAUCACAUGCCACAAAACAUGUCUCCACAACAUCCAACACAGAACAGCCCUGCCCAGCCUGGACCACCUCAGCCAACCCCCCUCACCUCUUUACCUCCAAGCCAUCCCACCCCACUACUACCCUGCCAGCCGAGCCCAGCAGACCAUGGAGAUCAAAGACCAAGUGAGCCUUCAAGUAGACUGGACACAGAAGGCACUACCAUUCCUUCACAGCACACCAUAAUGAAAUCUGGGCCUCCAAAUGGUGCUUAUAAACACCAGGCUUUUAGCCCCAAUCACCAUCAAACCAUGCAGACGGGUAGUAACCCAGAUAUGCAAGCUCAGAGAGGGCCUGCUCCUGCUCUCAAUCCCACCAUGUCUCCACCCUCCCAAGCUCAGGCAAAUGGAGCCAUACCAUAUGGCAUGGUGAACCAUCCUCACCCACAUUUCAGCCAGACAAACAUGCCCAGGCAUAUGCCUCCAACAGCUCAACACCCUUACCACAACCAGGCCAUUAACCCCCUCCACAAUCCUGCUCAUCACCCCACCUACCACCAGCAGGGAGGGACUGCUUACUCCUACCACAUGCCAGGCCAACAGCACCCUCAGGCCCACCCCAACAUGUACCCACCUCACCAAUACCAGCAGCAUCACUACUACCCCCAACUCCAUCCCCAAACUCAGGCCCAUAACCAGGCCAACAGUAGAGGGAAUUAUCCUCCAGAGGAGUGGCAUCGCUCUCAAUAUCACCCUCGCCAGCCGAUGCCACCCAAUGCCUAUCUACCUGUUGCCAGUGCUAGAGGUAAUGGUCAGUUGAAGGAGAGCUGCGUGUCACCAAUGGGCUCCGAGGGCCCCAGUGGUGCUAGUUUGGUCUCCCCUGGCCCUGUUGCCGACGUGCCGCACCCUGGAAGCCAAGAGGAGGGGAAAAAUGAAAGCAGGGUGCAAGCCAGUGGAGACAGCCCAGCAAAGCAGGCCCAUACAGAGAACUCAGAGAGGCCUGAAAGUCCUAAAGAAAUCCUGGACCUUGACAGCCAUAAUGCUGCUGCUCGCCGCCGUAGCACCCAGCCACCUCAACAACAGCAACGUCCUCCCGCCUCUGCUGCACACAUGAUGUCUGGCUUCAUGUACGACCCUCGAGCCAUGCACCCUGGGAUUCAGCAAGGUGGCAUUCCUCCACCUCACAUCAUGUCUCAGGCCCGUGGUGGUACCAACAGAGUGCAUUACCCCGGCCAGCCAUACCCCGAUCCAGGACGCUACGCUGCCCAAAGGCCUCACCCACACCUGAUGGAGGCUCUGCAGCGGCCCCAGCAGCUGCCCUACUCUCCAGGUCAGACACGCAUGGCCAUGUACAGACACCCCAGGCCUGCUGGCCACUUCCAGGGCAUGAUGAUUCAGCAGAGAGGCCUGGCACAAGAACACUUCCUACACCCAGGGCAACAGAUGAUGGCUGCACCAGGUGGGCCCAGCAGUAAACAAGGCGUGUGACUAUAUCAGAGCAUGUUGGUAUCAAACAACAUCUGGACAGAGCUGUGAGCCAAAAGGAAAAAUAUGUGAGCAUGCUGACAGAGCAGACAGACACUGCAGAACAGAAACUUCACUCCUCAUACAUCUAUGGACAUAGUACACUGGACAAAAACUAUUAACUCUGGACUCGAAGAUCCAACCAGGCAGCUGGUAUUACAAAGAUAAUAAAAUGUGAAAUGUUGUUGAGCGCUGGAGAACGAUUUUCUUUCCGCUUACCCUUCUGCACAUAGAGGUUAGGGUUACAGAACAGCUGUGAGGAACUGGUAGGAAUUCACUGACCUGCUCAAGGACACUUCACUAAACACGGUUGCUUCCCAACGAGAACGAGGAUCCUCCCCGCAAAAGGGCAGCCUCUGUAACCACUUGGCCAACCUGUCAAACACAGGGAAUACUGCCUUCAAGAACACUGGACAGCCCUCUCCUCUCUGAGCCUCUGAAAUGUGAAUAAAUGAAAGACCACUGAACACAGCCUGCCUGUCACCUUCAUUGACUAUAAAUCUACUGACAGAACUAAGGAGGACUGUGAUGAAGAUGGAAUGGGCUGUUGAUUUUACUGCUAUUUUCUGUUCCAAUAUCUUUAAACUCAGGUGUAGACAAGGAGGUACUAUGAGGCUGUCACCCUAACCCAACUCACAGGCCCCUUGCAAUUGCCUUGGUUUCCUUUGUGAAUGUACGAGUGAAUGUGUAGACGAUUAGUUGUGUGCAGCUGAUUGGCUGCACGUGAAUGGACACCAACACUGAGAAAUUGUCUGAAGUAUAAACCGUCCUGAAAAAGGUCCAGUUACGGUCCAUUCCCACCCCAACUCUAACAAUGUUUCUCUCGUUCUGGAGUAAACACGCACUAUAUGCAUCUUUCAGAGCGGCCUUCAUUGUUAAGAAUGUCUUUGACCAGCAGAGAGGGACUGGCGAAGAUGGCGCAAUUUGUAUCCGACCAUACCUAACUCUCUGUUAUGCACUAUGGAUUUUCUGAGUCUAGACAUCCUGGAAUUGAGUGGCCUUGGAUAGUCUUUAUUUUUAGUCAAACACAUAUAUGUAUGAAAAUAUAUCCUUACCUCUCAGUUACAUGUCCUUGCUGAUAUAUGCACAUACACAGAAGACAUGCAUACACAUCAAAUCCUGCUGUUUUGGAUUUUUCUUCACCUUUAAGUUUGUAGCGUUAGCUCUUUGUUCGUUCAUUCACCGCUCUGCCCUUUGCAUGGUUGCUUCUUUGAGUGCUUCCUCUUCCCCAUGUCAAUACUAAACGUAUCCUCAGGGUGUACAGUUUCUAUAUACGGGUAUUUUUCGGCAUUAUUUGAAGGAAGAGCAGCAUAAGGAAAAUGGGACUGCAACUUUGGCAAAAAUCAAUCCAUCUCGUGAAGAACUUGUAGCGGUCUGUGUUAAUUGUCCAUAACAAUAUUUGGCUGAGCACACUGCCAACCUUUUGGACUCUCUUUUGUCUCCAACCCCCUGUCUGAUUCCUUUUCGUCAAAGUUGAAGAGAAGUGAGAUGGAUCAAAUUUGAGUUAUUCUACAUUCCUGUUUAUCCAAUGAUACUGUUUUUCAUCACAAGUUAAAAUUACAAUCUACCUCAUCUAGCCAGUCGGUGGCAUCUACACAGUCCCUCCACUUCCUCUCCUGCUCUGCCAGACUCCCGCAGGUCAACAUUUGAUGACCAGCGGAUGAUUUCAGCACCACAUGUAGUUUUGAGGCUUACAGAACUGAUAAAGAAAUGCCUUACAGUACCUUACCAUCUUGGGGAAAAAAAUCUUUUGGCUUGCCCUUAACAAGAUGCUGACGUGAUUAUCGAUGUGACAAAUGUUCUGAAAGUGUACACUAGGGAUUUAAUGGGACAGCACUUUCAUUCUCAGUUUUUUAAUAUCAUUGUUGGAGUAUGAUGGAUGGUGUUACGUCACUUGUCUGAAAUGGGACUCUGUAAGUGAGUAUCUUGCACUGUACAGAUUGCAUGCCUUCUUGCCUACAGGUUGUUGAAAAUAGACAAAGUAGGCAGUGUUCCAGUCUAGGCCCCCUAAUAGACCGUGAAGUUUGGCGCCAUUAUGACGGAGUUCCAUAGUAAUAGGUACCCAAGUCAUUGUAAGAAAACAUUGGAGGAAGGAUGAUGGAAUAGGAAAGUGGUAGAAGCUGUGAGACAAUUUUCUAAAUGUGUCACACAAGACUUGUCAUGGAUGACUUGCUAUUUUGGUAAAAUAGGGAAUUGUCUAAAUAUAUAGUGGGCCUGAUAUGGCCACAUUGGACGUAGUGUGUUCGCUUGUGCUGUCUAAAGUAUGAAGGACAGUGCUGAUUUAAAGGUCUUGUGAGGUUGUGAUACUGUGUGUGUGUGUGUGUGUGUGUGUGUGUGUGUGUGUGUGUGUGUGUGUUUCUGGUGUGUAGAACUGGCACCAGAUGAUCAGACGUGUGCAUUCAACUAUCACUUUUUUUCUCUGCUAUCAUCUCUCUGCACUAGUGAAAACCAUUUAGACAUGAUUAAAUGUGAAUCAUAUUUAUUUGAUCUCUUAAGAAUUUUUGUACAUUUUUUGUACACUUGUUUUAAUAUAAAUGUGGUGUCUGUUUUCUUUUUUUCUUGAUGUUGUUUUUGUUGUUUUUUUAAGCAGUUGUCUUUUUACCUCAGUAGCAUGGUGGCAUUGAAAAAAAAAAGACCUGUACAUUUUUAAGUGAUGUUUACGUUUAAGUUCUUAUCUGACUGACAUAGAUUAUUUUGGAAAUGGAAUGGAGUAUUUUCUAUACUGUACAUUUCUUAGAAAUAAAUAACUUUUCUCGAA